CAGACGGGAAUAACGCACGUGUUGCAGAGAGCUGCAGAGAGAAUAUGAGCGCAUUGAGCUCGUGCUGACAGAGAACAAAUAAACGUCCAUACCAACACUUUCUGGUCAGUUUGUAGCCGGUAACACUCUCACACGGCUCGUAUCAUCUCUGCAGCUAGGAGAGGGCACGGAGCAGGACGACUGCCGGACGGUGAAGUGGCCGAGAGGGAGAGCAACAGACGGCGGAGGAAGAAAGUUCUCGGUGUCUGUUCCCGGGCCUGAGUGUGUACUGUGUGUUUUUGUAUUCACUCGUUACCUUCGCAGCUCGUUAAGUGGGUUUAUAGUUAGCUAAACCUGAACGGAGGACUCGUGUGGGUUGUUUGGACGUCAUGGCGGACUACCUGAUCAGCGGGCAGACCGGUUACGUCCCCGACGACGGGCUGACGGGACAGCAGCUAUUCAACGGCGGAGACGGGCUCACAUACAACGACUUUCUGAUUCUUCCAGGUUACAUCGACUUCACAGCAGAUCAAGUGGACCUGACAUCAGCACUCACCAAACAAAUCACCAUGAAGACCCCCUUCGUCUCCUCUCCCAUGGACACCGUCACAGAGGCCAACAUGGCCAUCGCUAUGGCGCUAACGGGUGGCAUCGGCUUCAUCCAUCAUAACUGCACUCCAGAGUUCCAGGCCAAUGAAGUUCGCAAAGUCAAGCGUUAUGAGCAGGGUUUCAUCACAGACCCUGUGGUGAUGAGCCCCAACGAGCGCGUACGGGAUGUCUUCCAGGCCAAGGCUCGCCACGGCUUUUGUGGCAUCCCCAUCACAGACAACGGCAAAAUGGGCGGCAAGCUGGUGGGCAUCAUUUCUUCCAGAGACAUUGACUUCCUCAAGGAGGAGGACCAUGACCUGCCACUCAGCGAGGUGAUGACAAAGAGAGAGGAUCUGGUGGUUGCACCUGCUGGAGUGACUCUGAAAGAAGCCAAUGAAAUCCUCCAGAGGAGUAAGAAAGGUAAACUACCCAUAGUGAACGAAGAGGGAUCCCUGGUGUCCAUCAUCGCCCGCACAGACCUGAAGAAGAACAGGGACUUUCCUCUGGCCUCCAAAGAUUCCCGUAAACAACUGCUGUGUGGUGCUGCCAUCGGCACCCACAACGAUGACAAGUACCGACUGGAUCUGCUGGUGCAGAGCGGGGUGGAUGUAGUCGUACUGGACUCGUCUCAGGGCAACUCAAUCUUCCAGAUCAACAUGAUCAAAUAUAUCAAAGAAAAGUACCCCCACCUACAAGUCAUCGGAGGCAAUGUGGUGACUGCUGCUCAGGCAAAGAACCUGAUCGAUGCAGGAGCGGAUGCACUGAGAGUAGGGAUGGGCAGCGGCUCCAUCUGCAUCACACAGGAAGCUCCCCCCAGUGUACCACCAGCAAUAAAGCUCCACAGCCCCAAAACCCCAACCACUGUUACGGGAUACAGCAUGCUGGCUUGCGGCAGACCCCAGGCCACAGCUGUCUAUAAGGUAUCCGAAUACGCUCGGCGUUUCGGUGUGCCGGUCAUCGCCGACGGGGGCAUCCAGACCGUCGGGCACAUCGCCAAAGCCCUGGCACUGGGAGCAUCCACAGUGAUGAUGGGUUCUCUGCUCGCCGCCACUAGUGAAGCCCCCGGUGAAUAUUUCUUCUCUGACGGCAUCAGGCUGAAGAAGUACCGCGGCAUGGGCUCCUUGGAUGCCAUGGACAAAAACCUGGGCUCCCAGACCAGAUACUUCAGUGAGAGUGAUAAGAUUAAAGUUGCUCAGGGUGUUUCUGGAGCAGUGCAGGACAAAGGCUCCAUCCACAAGUUUGUUCCCUACCUCCUGGCUGGCAUUCAGCACUCCUGUCAGGACAUCGGUGCCAAGAGCCUCACACAGCUCAGAGCCAUGAUGUACUCUGGAGAUCUGAAAUUUGAAAAGAGAACAACGUCAGCUCAGAUGGAGGGUGGAGUCCACAGCCUGCACAGUUAUGAGAAGCGUCUGUUUUGAGAGGAAGCCAGUCGCUCAGUGUGCAGACGAGGAAUCCUUCCAACAGACGCAUUAUGCAAACACACACACACUCAAACGCACUACUUGCCAGACCCUCUCGUAUUCAUACACUAGACAUGCACAACUAACUUCUCAUACAAUUAGUUCAUAAAAAAACAAGUUUACACUUAUAACUAAAUAACACACACCAAGGAUCCAUCAGUCUUCCUUCCAGUGUCAUCUAUGCAUUGUCUGUGUUUAGUAUAGCUGUUUGUGUGUGAAGGAGGGGAACUAAGCAUUUAUCAAUUGGCACAUGUGUGAUUGAAUCCUCCAAUGCCUGUCUUGCUGUAUUAAUAUAAAAUGUCUCCAGUAUAAUGGUUUGUUAAUUUUAAGGCAAAAAAAAAAAAGUUGUCCAAAAAUAAAACUCAUGUUUUUCCACAA